UUCAUGAUCUUAUAAUACCAGGUGAUCCUUUGAAGAUGUCAUCUGAGCUGGGUGUAGAGAGGCCAACAACCCUUACCUUGCCAGAGUCUCAGGUAGAAAGACGAGUGCACUUCAGUGAUGUGGAUGGUGUACGUUUGGUGACUAAUAAGCAAUCUCACGUGUCUACUACUCCUAGCCCAAGAAAGUCCCGUGCUGAUCAUGACUUCAGACCAAAGCGUAAGAGAUCCAUAAGCUUCUCAUCUGCAGGAGAAUUUCGAUUUGGUAAUAAGCGACGCAAAAAGGGAAGAGUUUUACCCUCUAAGUUUCUUCUUGGUGGGAAUAUUACAGAUCCUCUUAAUCUUGGCUCUUUGGACAAGGAGGAAGUUACACAAUUAGGCAGUGUAGAAGUAACUGGUUCUGCAGUGUCCAAACGUUCUGGUGCUGUACGAGUUAUUAUCCCACCAAAUAUUAAUGAUCCAUUGAACCUGGAUGUAUCAUCAGAUAAUGAGGACUCUCUUACAGAUGCAUUACAAAAGCAACUUCGUCGCAGGAGAAGAAAUAGGAAACGGAAACGGCGGCUGUCAGAGCCUAGUGGUAGUACACUUGAUAGUAUUAGUCUUCAUGGCUUACUAGAUGUUGACAGAGCAGAGAGUAAAACCAUGGAAAUAAGAAGUGAGACAAAUCUAGAAGUGUCAAGGGAAGUUUCUCUGGAUGCCAUGAAGCCCCUUGCAGUCAAUACAGAAUCAAACUCAACACAGGGAACAACUGAUGGAUGCAAGGCCAAUUAUGUGUUGGAGUCUGACGAGUUAUUAGAGACAGUGCGGCCAGAGUUUGACACAAUCUUGUGUCUGAGCAUUACAAAAUGGGUUCAUCUUAACUGGGGAGACUCUGGUCUCAAGAGAUUCUUCUGGCGCAUUUUUCACAACCUGAAACCUGGUGGUAGAUUUGUUCUUGAACCUCAAGGCUGGCCAUCAUACAAUAAGCGAAGGAAACUCACGAAACGAAUUUUUGAAAAUUAUAUAAAUAUUCGCUUAUUUCCUGACAAGUUUAAUGACUUCCUGCUGCAUGAAGUGGGGUUCAACACAAGUGAAAAAAUAAUCACGCCACACCAUGCUUCUCGUGGCUUCCAGAGACCAAUCAUCAUCUAUACUAAGGCAGGAGGAAGCAACAAGUCCAGUCCAUUGGAAGAGAGUAGAUCUAAAGACACUAAUAUUCAAAAGUUCAUUGGAGGAAAUAAAAUCAUUCCUGAGGAGUAUUCUAAAAGGAAAAAUACCCAGCCAAAAGAAUUAAACAAAAAUGCCACAGUUGGUUCUAAUGUAGAAAAUAAUACCACAAAUGAAACUUAUCGUAAUAAAGAGCUUAAAAAUGUGGAGAAAAAUAUGGUAAAAGAAUUGACAAAUGAUAGCAAAAUUCCAAUUGAAGUAACCGAGAAUGUUGAUCACCAUAAUCAGGAAGUUUUUAUUUUAAUUAGAGAGAGAGAGGACCAGUGCAAAGUUCUGAUGCAUAACACAACUUUAACAGAACCCACUGUACAAGUACCUGAAUAUCAAGCAUUUGAAGUGCUGGAAGACACUUACGCAGUGUCGAAGAGAUGGAAAAAGGCUGCUAGUGUAAGUAAAGAAAACAAGCAAGUCUGUGAUACUAGAGUUAUAAAAGAGUUGUUAGUAAGUGAAGUCAAUAGUUGUGUGACACAUUCCUCCAGUGAUGCACAAAAUGUCAAUAGAAUAUGUGAAAUGCCUUAUUUGCCAGUAAGUAAAAUUGAGGACAAAAGUGAUAUCUCAUCUGCUCAGUCAACCAAUAAUUGCCAUUCAUGUGUAACUUGUAAGAGAGAUUUUAAUACAGCUUUAACAAGAGAUUUAGGUAAAGAGGAGAUACUUGCAUGUACAGAUAAAUAUGAUAACAGAACUGUUUCUCCUGCAGACACUGUGACUGACAAGGAUAACUUGAAAUGCAUAUGUACCCAGAGUUUUUCAGUGCCCAAACAGGAAGACAAUAAAUUUCAUAAAGAAAAUGAAAAUAAAAAGUACUUUGGUUCUGUUAUUUUGCCAUUGAAGGAGCAUGAGAAAAUCAGCAGUGCAACACAUAGUGAACAACACGUGAAAGCAAUUCCAGGGCCAGCAUCUCUGCAAAUAAACAAAUUAGAACCAGAUGUAGUGACACCACUCAAACAUUUUUGUGCCAGUACUUUUAAAGAUGAGACUCAAACAGAGGAAUGCAAAAAACAGCCAAGACUGGAAAAUGUGAGUCAGAACUAAAAUGUAAAAUGGAAUUGUUGGUUGCAAAUUUGACCAUCUUUACCUGGAAACACACAGAAGGAUGCAGGUUAGAUUUUAUUUGAUUUAAUCUUUCCCUACAGAAAGUGUUUAGUAACUGUACAAACAAAUCUAUGCUAAUAUAAUUUUAAAUAAUGAA